GCUGGACGAAAUUAAAGAAUGAAUACUGAUCAUUCAAAAACGACAGCCAUAUCGGUUCGAUUUGCGGAUAAUGUUUUGAACAACAUCACUACUCCGGAUAUACCAAUGUUGAAAUUUCACGAUGUGUCAAAUGGUGGGAAAAAUUCGUCGUUGUCUACAUUUUUUAAUUAUUCUGAAUUUGAUGAUACAACAAACAGAGCGGGUAUCAGUCAAACGACGUCCACUUCCCCACCUGUAUUCAACGACGCCUAUAUGGUUGAAACCAUUGUUCUUUCUGCUCUUUUUCUAAUUUCCUUCAUCGGAAAUACCGCCACUUUGAUUCAAAUGUACCGUAUGAGGAAACGACGUUCGACAAUCAACACUCUUAUUGUGAAUCUGGCCAUUGCUGAUUUAAUCGUUGCCUUCUUUUGCAUGGCCGCCGAAGCUUUCUGGACGGUCACUAUUCAGUUUUUGGCGGGAAACGCCAUGUGUAAGAUUUUGCGGUACAUUCAAGUAUUUGGGUUUUUAUUAUCUACUUAUAUAACAGUUGUGAUAAGUUUGGAUCGCUGUUGUGUAAUCCUUGAUCCCAUCAGCAGAAAUAAAGCGCCUCAGAGAGUCAGAUUCAUGAUUGGGGUGUCUUGGCUCCUAAGUGCCUUGUUUAGUGUUCCGCAGCUUCUUGUAUUCAGCGUGCUUCGAGGACCGUUUAAAGAGGACUUCUAUCAGUGUGUGGACAUCGCCUCCUAUCCUCACCCCCAGUACAAGUGGAUGUACAACAUCUUUUGUCUAUUUGUACAGUUUAUGAUUCCUCUCGGCAUCAUGAUAGCGGCCUAUGGACUCAUUUUUUGUACAAUCUCCAGAAAAUCUAAAGAAUUCAGAGGCAACGACACAACAUCGAAUAAAAAUGACCUUGGAAGGGGACAAGUAAGAAACAAUUUGCUAAAGAAAGCCAAAAGAAAAGCAUUGCGCAUGUCCAUUUUCAUCGUCAUUGCCUUCGUCGUUUGUUGGUUUCCGUAUUACGUGCUAUUCACCGGAAAUGCGUUUGGUCAAUGGGAAGAGUUGAGUCCUUCGUUAAUGGCGGGAUUGUCCACAAUGGGUCUGUCCAAUUCCAUGCUGAAUCCGAUCAUUUACGGAGCUUUCCAGUUGUGCAAGGUGCAUAGACCAAGGUGCUGGAAAAAAGACGUGAACAACAGCGGGAUAACCCCCUUUCUCCAGCGAAGAAACCGGAAGUCAAAUCAGCAUUGCAUGAGCACAAAGGACACUAAACUGACCGUACUUGCCUCGCGGAGGAAUACAUUAGUGUUAUGUAGGUGUGAAGAGGCUUCUAUUCCAAAAGAAAUAGCCAUGUCCAUGCCAUGUGUUAUGGUGAUGUGUAACAAGGAGGAGGCAUGCGCAGAGGGUACGGAAGUAAAACAAAACCCCUCAUCUUUUCCCACUUCUAUGGACACACUUUUUACGUGUCAUGUACGUUACAAAUGACGUCAGUGGACUCCAAGAUAAUCACGUGAUGUAAUGUAUUUCUUUGAUAAUUUCCCAUUAUUACAGAACGAACUCUGUAUCAUUAACGUUGAACAAGCUAUUGCCUCAUGCUUACUUCAACAUUCCUAAUUUGAUUACGCUGCAGAAUUGACAUUUGUUGACGAAUGAGAUUUCCUCUGGAUCACCUAUUUUUCUUCACUAUUACUUAUUUACUAGGUAGCGGGUUAAUAUUUUGACGUCAAUGUGUCUGUGAUAUGCUUCGACAAAAGUAAUGUUAUAUACUUUUUUAAACAAAAUAACAAUUUUACGUAAUCAAGACCUUUUUGCUCAAGAAGAUGAUGAUAACUUUCUGGAUUAGUUCGCUUUAUCACCGGGAAAGCUACUUAUUUAAAGAGGCUGAUCUAGGUCUAUAGAAUCGAGAGAUGUAGUAUCACGUGGAAUAAAAGGUAACGCCGUACGAAUGUAUCAGAAUACUGGCGCGCAACUGUUUCCAUAGAAAAACAACACAUUUAAUUCAGUUGCUUUUGAUGAGUGAAUGGUGCAUGCGACUUCAUCACUAUCAUUUUUUUUGUCAUCAUUAUCAUCCUAAUAUUUUCCCUUUGCCUUGUGUAUAUCAUGUACGCUUUGCUUUAAUUGAACUGAUCUACACUUUAUUUGUGAACUUUCCCUUUCCUGUUGGUCAUAAAAAUAAGGAUGCACUGAAAUAACUGUAAACGCAUGUUACACAGUACAUCAAUCUAGAAACAGAUGGUUAUUAUAUUUUUAAAAAAAUGUUAUUACAAACUAAUGCAUUGUUGAAUGGAGAACUUUAUUUAUAAAAGUACAUCGCUAGACAUGAAUGUAAUAAUUCAUGUUCAUUAAUAACGAGAAAUACCAUAAUGUAUGAGCUACAAAUUUAAUGCGUCCAUUAAUUAUGAAUAUCAUCUGAUUAAACAUUUUGCUUUUCAUAACAUAAUGACAUUUAAUACAUACUUCACUGUGUAAAACGACAACCCCUGUUAAAUAAAAAUACACAUUGAAACAACAUUCAUUUAUUAUAUCACAUCAAUUGACUCAAGCUAUUGCUACAUCCGCAAAAAUUGGAUCAUGAUCACGUGGGAAUCGGUGAUUUGUGAUAUCAACUCGGUGUUGCAGUACCAUUUUUAGAAACAGCACGUUAACCUCCCUUUUAUGACGUCACUUCAACUGUAACGUCACACUAUUCUCAGCCAAGAACACUACUAUUCACAUAGUGAUUUUAUUACGACCAAUCCUGUUGAAGACAAGAAGCUAUUUGGACUUUGAAAAGGUAUAACGACCUGGACUUUGUCUCGGUUAAUAUAUAUGUUGCAGGUUCAUAUAACCACAUGUGCAUCUCAACAAAAGUCCUUAAUUGAUCAAUGUUAUAGGGGCUACAUAAAACUACCUCACUUUCUAAGACAUUGCAAACAAAACACUUUUCUUAUAUAUAACUAUAUAAUUAUUUAAUUCAUUUGUAUUGCUGUCGCGUUUUAUCAAUCGAUACAACGCGACAGCAAUAAAAAUGAGGACACGUCAAAAACAAAAGGAAACACACUCUGAGGAACCACAUAAAGAUUCAAUAGUUACAUGCCAUCCAUAUAUGUCUUCGAAGCCUGAUUAUGUAUAAUUAAUAAGAUGAAUUACGAGGUUUUUAUGUGUUGAGAGCAAGAUUACCAGACUUUUUGAGGUUCUAAUCAUCAAUCUAAUGUCACUGAGUUUCGUAUUACAUCAAUCUUUUCUUUAACGAUCAAUGAUAUUCUCGUUAGUUUGUCUUAAAACAUCUUAUUCAAAGUUUUUUGAUAUAACAUUAUACCUGAUGUUUAUGUCAUUGACGAAUGUUAAAAGAAAUAGCAUUUAAACAUCUCCUUGAUAGUGACCUUUCGUAGAAGGGUGACGUCACGGUAUUGAAAUUGCCACCAUCCUGAAUUUAAGCAAUUCUCCUUUUAUAAUGUAUCCAUAGACGGAGUUCUACUGAUUUUUCUCAAUAUUUUUUACCAUUUUUAACAUAGACAUACGUAAAACACCGUGUUUUUUUUAGAUAUCUAAGAAUUUUUCAUGAAUGCCAACACUAAA